GUUCGGUUCAGCGCCCACGGGUACUAUCAAGUCAUGAUGGCUGCCUUUAUCAGGAAUUCGGUCUGCGGGGGGACGUUUGAUGUUACCAGCAGAUACUCGAAUCUGCAGCUGGCAGGGAUUACCGUAAAUGGACUAGUCUGCUCUGCGACAGACUCGGUGACGCGACAGGUUGUUGCGAUCAAGAAGAUUCCCAGACCGUUUGGGUCUGCAGAUGCUGCGAAGCAGACGUUGAAGCAGAUUAAGCUGUUCAAGUAUCUGCAGCAUGAGAAUGUGGUUUCCUUGCAUGAUAUGUUUAUAUCGCCGUUGGAGGAUAUAUAUCUGGUGACGGAAUUCACCGGAAUCGACCUGGGUACGAUUCUCGGCUCAAAACCUCUGGAUAACCAAUUCAUUCAAUACUUUGUCUACCAAAUUCUGCGCGGCCUGAAAUACAUCCACUCGGCCGGAAUCGUCCAUCGCGACCUCAAACCCAGCAAAAUCCUCAUCGACCAAAAAUGCGAUCUCAAAAUCGCCGACUUUUACUCGGCCCGUCAGACGGAUGCCCGCAUGACAGGCUACGUCGCGACGCGAUUCUACCGCGCCCCGGAAAUCAUGCUCACCUGGCAGCAGUACGGCGUGGAGGUGGAUAUCUGGAGUGUGGGGUGUAUCUUUGCGGAGAUGAUUGAGGGGACGCCGUUGUUUCCUGGUGAAAGUCCGGCGCAUCAGUUGCAUGUUAUCACGGAGUUGCUGGGAUCGAUUCCGGAUUAUGUGGUGAAUAGGAUUUCGACGAAGAAUACGAUGAGAUAUAUCCAGUCACUGCCAGAGUUAGAAAAGCAGUCUCUAGAAACACGGCUGAAACACGCACAACCAGAUGCCCUCGAUCUCAUUGGGAAAAUGCUCCAUUACGACCCCUUACAACGCAUCGACGCAGCCACUGCUCUCACCCACCCCUAUCUCAGUCGCUAUCAUGAUCCCAACGAUGAACCGGUAGCAAAAGAGCCAUUCGACUAUGAAUUAUCCAACAUGAGCCACUCCAUCGAGUCGUGGAAGCAUUUUAUGUACACUGAGAUUCUAUCCUGGGGGAGAGUGGAUGAUCUGGCAACGAUCGAUGUUUGAUUUGAUGAUUUAUGAUUCUUACAUAGCAUAGCCAGUUUUAUAUCAUUUGUUUUGAUGUUUGCAAUAGUAACGUUGGUUGUGGCAUUAUCUGAUUGGUCUUUGGCUUCCGCUUCUAUUUCUUCGACUUCAACUUUGACAACCUGGAGAUGAUGCAGAUACAAUCUCUCUUCAAGAGACAGUCUGUCUCGUCCCAGAUUCUAUCAGACCUCCAUCUGGAGAUUAACCAGCAGUAUUACUCGUUUGAAAUAGCAGUUGCAUCGAAAUAUC